AUGACUGCAGUUAAGGAGCCUCGGGUAGAUUUUGAACUGCACAACUCUUCCAUAGCGCGUGACGACGCCUGCCUCCAGUGGUUUUUCUCACGAUACCGCGCACACACAUCAACUACGUUACCGUCAAGGAGUGACACCAGUGCUGCACCAACAACAAAGGGGAAUGAUAACAUUAAAAACGCUACAGAAGCACUGUUAGUUCAAUUGGAGAAUGACGUUACCGCCUGCAAGGCUCUCCGCUGGGAGAAAUUCAGGUACAGCUCACCAAUAUAUGAGGCAGCAUCACCAACUUACCCACUGCGAAGGGGCUCCACAAUUGAAACGGUUGUUGAGGAGGUUGAAGAUUCCGCUGCCACUACCGGAACAGUGGGGAAACCGCAUCGCGUUCUCCGCGUAAAACUUCAGGAAUCCUCUCCCAAACAUGCUCAUGAAGCUCGCGUCAGGAGCGUGCAGGAGGAGCCAUCCCGCCACGUAUUCGCUGAGAUGUUGAGGAAGAAGAAUAGGGAGAACCUUGUGAGGAGCAUUGAAGAAGCGGAAGCCGCUCGUGGCCACAACGGACACUCGGGAUGGUUGCGACCGUAUUUUGGUGGUUAUUUCCACAUGCCGCUUCCCCGCGGCCCCACAAGGUUCCUCGUUUUCCCACAGUGGCACCACGACGUCACUGUCGCAACUGAGAAGCAGCAAUGGUUUCCAUACUUCCUGCGUGGGAGUUGUUAUCAAAAGGUCCCACAUGCACGUGUCCCUAUUGUUGGCGACGCUGUUGGCCCGCUCCGCAUGCCGUGGAAUGACUUAGUUCUGGCUGUAUCUUUUGCGCGAGAGUUCCCGAGAGAACUCUCCGAGGACUUUGGGGAUCGGGUGAGGUUGUGGCGGGAUGUUGAUGCCAUUUACUUGGAUGGGCACGCCAAUCAAGUGCGUACUGAGCGCCUGGUGCUCUGCAAGACACGUAGCAAGUCACCAGAAAUGAACCAUCUGUCUGCAGGUGAGACUGCAGUAGUUGGCAUGACAGAAGAGGCGGAGGCCGAGGGGAAGGAGACGGAGACGGAAAUCAUUACCGCAAAACUUCGUGAGUCGGGGUUUCGUGCGUCACUGCAAUUUCGCAACCCACGUUACUCACUCACCGUGAAGGGUACCACUUGUAUCCCAGAGAGGGCACCGAAUCAAAGAAUUACUUCAUUGUUAGUGCUGGAUGAGUAUGACAGCUUUGUUCAGCACUUCACAUCACCAUUUUUGCGUUGGCUUUUUCCACGUGCAACGUACUGUUUGCGGUGGGCUGGUGGUCCCGGCGUGGACUUCAAUAGCGCUGAGCGUUCAUUGACAUUCUUCGGUAAACUGUGGUCGGAGUGGUGGGUUGAGCUGCCACUCCGCGCGGACCGUUUCUUUCUUCGGCUUCGAAACAAAUCGUCCCUCGUGCAGCCGCUUACCGCUGGGCAGUGGAAGCAAACAUUUUCGGACGUCCAAGUCAACGGAAGCCAUGGGAGCCACGCGGUCAGGAGCGGAGAACACUCUUUAUUCUGGGCUACGCAAGGCCCGGUGUGGGAUGCGGGUCUCAUACGCGGAUUCCGUGACAUAUAUCCGGGUAUGCACUACGCCUCAAGGUGGUAUACGGUGCUCUCCAUGGAAUUGGGCUUCGGCGGCAAGUUGCGGGACGAAUCCAAAAUGCUCGUUGACGGAGCGUCUCAAACCGGUUGGAGAAAACCAGGUGGAAUGAUUUAUGCGAACGCCUGUUUGAUGGACUCCUUCAAGAACCCACCGCGAGCAUCUAUGGGAUUCUCCUUGACUAGCAGGCCACGUGCCAGAGAGGACGCCUUCAACACCCUUGCGCCCUCGUCCUUUGAGUGUAGUUUUAACUGGUGGUUGAAGUUUGGUAGGGACGGUAUGAAACUUUUGUCAGGUCUUGUUGAGGGUCAGUCGGUCGAUAAAGCCGUAUUGCGACCCUCGGCAACGGAGGCGUUUCACCAUCUUCGCUGCGGGCUGACGUGGAACUUAUGA